GAAACAUUUGAGGAUGUACACACACAGAGAAUCAUCGCCAAUGUCAGAGAGCGGCAACGCACACAGUCCUUAAAUGACGCUUUUGCAGAGCUGCGGAAGAUCAUCCCUACCCUACCAUCUGAUAAACUCAGCAAGAUACAGACCCUGAAGCUGGCUUCACGUUAUAUUGAUUUCCUGUAUCAAGUUUUGCAGAGCGAUGAGCUGGACCACAAGAUUGCAAGUUGUAACUAUCUUGCUCAUGAAAGACUCAGCUACGCCUUCUCUGUUUGGAGAAUGGAAGGUGCCUGGUCCAUGUCAACAUCCCACUGA